GAGCAGGCCCGCAUGAACAAUGUGAUAGUUAAGCUCGGACUGUCACUGGAUCAUCAAGAUGAAAAUCAUUUGUGUUGUUUUUCUGCUUUUAUUAGAUCUAUCAAACUGCUUUGCACAGUCAGAAGGAAACUUUGUGAUGUAUAGUGUGCAUUAUAACCAAUGCAUGACAAACAACCUGGAGCAGCUUUCAGUCUGUGACCCACACGCUGACUCACAACAGUUUCGCUGGAUUUCAAAGGAUCGCAUUUUAAACAUUUACACAAAGAAAUGCCUUGGUGUUGGUAGUAAGACUGUGGGUAAAAUGCUGCAGUGGUUGAUGUGUGAAGAUGACAAUGUUUUGCAGAAGUGGGAAUGCAAGAGCGAUUUAUUGCUUCGACUAAAGAAUGAAUCUCUGUAUCUUGCUGUAAAUGAUAAUGGUGUGCCACUCAUCUCUAAAGACACUGGGACAAAGAGUCAAUGGACAAUUCAUGGUACACAGAACAACAUUUGCUCUCGGCCUUAUGAAGAAUUAUACACAAUUCAUGGAAAUGCACAUGGCCGUCCAUGCCACUUUCCUUUCAAAUAUGGGGAUAAAUGGUAUGCAGAUUGUACCAAAACUAAUGGCGUUCAUAUAUGGUGUGCAGUUGAGUCUGACUACAGUGUUAACGAGCUGUGGGGCUACUGUCCAACACGUGAGAUUCACUAUAGAGUAUGGGGGAAAAAUCCUCUAACAAACUUCCAUUACCAAAUGAAUGAUGAGUCAAAACUGACAUGGCAUGAAGCAAACAAGAGCUGCCAGCAGCAGGGUGCAGAGCUUCUAAGUGUUUCUGAACUUUAUGAAUACAUCUUUGUAUCAGGAAUGAUUGUGAAGAGACAAGGUUUUCUAUGGACAGGACUUAACAAAGUAGAUGGGUGCAGUGGGCAGCAGAUGAGAAAUGGAAACCCAGAAACAAAACCAGAUGACAUUUGUAGUGUCAUAUCCUCUUCAGAUUUUGAAAUGAUGGAUAGACCUUGUUCAGAAAAGCGUGGAUACAUCUGCCAAAAAGGCCUCUCUGUCUUCACUGAUCCACCUGCAACUUCCAUGAAAAGAUUCAACUUCUGUAUAAAGAUUUAGCCAGUGAAGAAGGAAUCCAGGCCCUCAAAGGCUUGCCAUUAUAUCAAAUAAGAUAAUAGACAAACAAAAAGCAAAGUAAUAUCCAGUGUAAUCUGCAACAUUUACAUUUAUGCAUUUGGCAGACGCUUUUUAAGCUAUACAUUUAAUCAGUCUGUGUGUUCCCUGAGAUCUAACCAACAUCCCUUUGUGCUGCUAUCACAAUUCUUUACCAACUGAGUUAUAGACCAUCUAUUUUUCUUAAUUAAAAAGUUAAUUAAAAUGAUUUGAUAUUUGUCUUAAUCAGUAUUCAACUAGUAUGAACAUACAUUGUUUGUACAAGUGUUCGUAAUACAUGCCUCUGACAUUUUGUUGGGAUCAAACAGUCAACCAAAAGACAACAUACUGUAUGCUGGGAGAAAGCAUUUCCACUUUCCAUGUUGAAGACCAGCAAACCAGCAUCCCGUUAAGUCUGUAUGUAAAUUAAAGACGAUUUUAGAUCAAAUAUGUGUAUGUAUCAUCUUUUUUGUUCCAAAUACAACUUGCUAAAUACUAACCAUCUUGCCAACAAACACAACUGCGGUAGUUCCACUGUCAUAACCACAUG